AUGGGAAUGAUAAACAUCGAAUUCAACAAGACGGUUAUCGCUGGGUUCCCUUUGGGGGUAUGUCUCUCUGUAUUUUGGUCUUCUUCUAUGUGGACUUGCCCACGUCACCUUUUCUCUCUGCCACUCCCCUCCCAGGCUGACCACUAUUCCUGGCUUUCUCCAGCUGUGAACGGCUCAGUGGGGCAGGAGCCCCAGAGGCAGCUCCCAGAGGUGCUGAGCGGGACCUGGGAACCACCUCGAGAGGAUGGACUGCCUUUGCUUGCCGUCAUCAUUGCUCUGUUUGUCCUGCUGGCAGUCUGUAUCGUGGUGGCAGUCCACUGUGGGCCAAGUCUACACCAGGGCCGUGCCGACCUUUCCACAGAACUCCCGGCCCCAAAGCCAGAGGGUGGCAUCUCCCUCACCCACUGGCGAGUGCUGGGCCCUGAGGAUAGACGUGAAGACACCCGGCAGGGCCCUCCUGUCUUUAGCUCCUGCCUUGUGCAAGAUGGACCUAGGCUCAGCAUUGAUGAAGUCACGUAUCUGUAAAAGGGAGACUUUGGAAAGUUGGUGUGACUUGACUGAGAGCAAGAAACUGGACAGAGACCUAGGGCAAAGGCAAACUGGGGCCUGGGCGUGAGAGCUUUGGAAGUGCACACAUAGACUAAGCUGGAGCUGCCCUCCCUGCAGAGCCCAGAGAAGUCUUGUUGUGGAUAGGAGGAAAUAAAAGAAGCUUGAGGGCCCUGCCCAGGCACAGGCUGCUAUGACUGUUCCCAGUGUCCAAGGCUGCCCUUACAAAGCUACUCUCUUCUCCAGGGACCACCAGACCCCUGAGCCUCCUUCUCUGAGUCCCUACCCCUCCUCCAGCCCCUAAUCUCCUCUCCUUUGGGUGUUCAGGUAAGUCCAUC